CCCAUACUCACGUAACAGUAGAAGCAGCAGUAGCAAAGCAAGCAUUUUCCACUCGCCCAGUUUGGUGCAAUUUUCGAAAAGCUUUUUCACCCUUCUCUCUGUUCUCUGUCUGUCUGGCUGUCCCGAGUCUGGUGUGGAAAAUGUCAGUCAAAUUUUAAGUUUUUCUUUUCCAUUGGUAGCGAAAUUUUGUCGUGCGUUUAGUUUCGGAUUUAAUCCCCAACGAGUCUUCGGUGUUUUCUUCUGUGAACCCUUCCAGUGAAAAUACUUGUGCGCAAAAAUUUGAAAAAAAAAAUAGUCUGAAACUAUGCAGUAGCAAGGACGAAAGUAAGCAGUGUCGUGAUCAACCAUUUCAGUGUUUCUUGUUUCGUCGAGUGUCCUGUUGAAUCACCUGACAAAAGAAAGGCGGUGGCGUUGGUGCAUCCUUCGUGAGCGAGAAUGAAUUUCUCCGCGUUUGGUGGACCAUUUUCCGGAAUUCACCAGUUUGCGGCAAAGUUCGGCAGCAAUGAUGGUGCCUUCACCAGCACGAACACGGCGGCAGGAAAUGGCGCCGGACCAGGUGGUAUUGUGGGUGGCGGCGGAGGAGGCGGUGGCGCAGGGGCAGCCGGAGGAGGAGGAGCGACUGGCGCUCCUGGAAGCGCCACUAUCAGCCAGCAGGAUCUGAAUCGAUAUCAUGGAUCGAAUGGGAAUCAUUUUAAUCAGAAUUCUACCUCAAUGGUUAACACGUCAAUGUCCUACGGCCAAAACAUUUCGAUUCCGUACAGCCAACCGCAAGCCGAUCACGGUUUCAUCAACAGCAUGCAAACCGAUCAGAAUAAGCUGAAGAACAGCAUCAAAAUCGAUCGGGACGAGAUGAUAAACCAGCAAAUUCUGCAAAACGUGAACCAAUCCUGGCAAACGCUGGCCAAUCCUACCAACACGGUUGACUAUUCGUCACAUCUACUGUCCGCCACACUGCCAAUUUCAAUACAGCACUUUCUCAAAUAUUCCGAAUCCAUCAAGAAGGAAUCGAACGGCGUUGGAUCCGGUCUGGCAUCUCCGGGGCCAUUGAGUGGACUGAUCGGUGUGGAAACGAAUGCGUUCAACGUACAGAAAGACUUACUGAAUUUGAAAAAUGGAUCUAAUUUGAAUUUGGCUCUGGGGAACGUGGCUGUCAGUGCUGCCGCUGCCAGCUUAGGUUUGAAUCAUCAACAUUUGAGCCACCAUAUUACCAGUCACCAGGACACCAACAGUCACAGCUAUGGAAACAUCAAUCAGCUUCCGAUCGUUUCGAACAACACAACCAACGGCCAAGCACAGUCGGUCAGCCAACAACAAAAUGCGAUAAAUGGCACAAUGAAUGGUGGGACAAUUUCCACGACUACGAUUACCAACGGCAACGCCAAUACGAAUGGAACCACCGGGACUGCUGCCCCUACCGGUGUAACAACUACUACCGGGAAAUCCAAACGCCAAAAGAAGGAAAAGAAACGCAAACCACCGAAGGAGAAGAAACCCCGUCCGAAACCGGGUCAGAUUCGGGAAACGAAAGCACUGGACGGUUCGCCGCUGUUCUGCUGUCCGGAGUGUCAAAUGGCAUACCCGGAACGUGGUUUGAUCGAACAGCAUGUGAUCUCCCAUGCCGUCGAACGCCGUUUUGUGUGUGACAUCUGUCAUGCGGCACUGAAGCGCAAAGAUCACCUGACCCGGCACAAACUAUCGCACAUACCGGAUCGGCCCCACAUUUGCAGUAUAUGUCUGAAGUCGUUCAAACGUAAGGAGCAGCUGACACUGCACAUUGUCAUUCAUACCGGAGAGAAAAAGCACGUUUGCAUCGAGUGUGGAAAAGGAUUCUAUCGGAAAGAUCAUCUGCGCAAGCACACUCGUUCGCACAUCGCCCGACGUGUCAAAUCGGAAAUGUCAGCUCAAUCCGGUUCCGGUUCGAACAACUCCACUAACGCCAACAGCAACUCAGCACUGGCUUCCUCUCUGAUGGCCACCAACAUGCAGGGCGCUCCGGUAACGGCUUCCUGAGCCUCGUACAAGGACUUUUGGUAAGGUGGAUGUUCUUCGCUUUCUCCCGUUAGAAAGUUGCUCAUUUAGGUGUUAAUGAUGAAGGAAUUGGAUGAAGAUAUGACCGAGGGUUGGUGGUAAGUGUUUUAGUUAUUGUCCAUCCACCAGUACGCAAUAGAAUAUAGUCGAGUAAUUUACAAGAUUUAUCGUUUUGAAAUAGUUGUUAACACCUUUUAAGAAAGUGCAGACCUGUUGAAGCCCCUACCGCCGAGUCGCUAUGAUUCUUUAUUCUCAAAUUCAUUACACUUACUGAGAGAACGUCGGAAUUAUCUUAUCAAUAGUCCCUACCGCAAGUUGUCUGACAAGCUAUGAUUCAAUCUACGAAUUGAGCCACCCGCGAGCAGACAUCGAUUGAACGAUUUUGAAACUGAACCUGAGUUAAACGAAAUAUCGAACAUUAUGUUGAAAGGACAUUUUGGUCCAGUAAAUCGAGUAUACGUGCAAUCUGACCUGAUCUGAGAACCUAUCUCCACCGGUACCCAGUUGGUUGGCGAGUGAAAUCGAUAGACCCUAACCGUACUGUCACCGACCGCCUGUUGAAUUUGCUUUUCUAUUUCAACGACGCUCUUCAAAGCACAUUACUUCCGCCGCCGCCUCCUGAAAAUAGCAAUAAAUUUCGAGUCAUUGUCCACGCGAAUCGAGUAUAAAAGCAUGACCACAUUCCGCCGGGGUAUCCUCCGACAAGGGAUACCGCUCUGGAAAUGGUGUCACAUCAGACUAAGGAAUAUACGAAAUCAAUAAUAUAAAAGACAGAUAAUAUUUUUAUUACCAAAUGUUGCACAAACAGCUGCGAAUAUACGACGAUAUACAAUUGGAGAAGGUAUAAUGUAUUAUUUUUUGAACGAAAACAGCUGAUGUGGUAGAUGAUAUCCCUAAGAAUAUAUAUUUUGUACGGAGUAUUAAAAAUCCAGUAAAAAGAGAUGUUUAAGCUAACAAAUACUAUAUAUUAAACAGACAGAAGUAUUAUGAUGACUAACAUAUAUGCAUUGGAGUUUUAACAAACAAAAAAAAAGUGUAAUAAACUAGAGAGAGAGAGAGAGAAAGAGCGAGCGGGCGAACAUUUGCACUGGAAUACACGUUGCUAAGUGAUCGGAACAGAGUUUUGGUAAAGGAUUUGAACAGAGCGCAAACAGAGAGCGGGAAUUGCCGAGCCGCCGAUUGUGUUAGAAAGGCAAACAAAAAAAAUCUACGAAACAAACUGAAAUAGGCUACCUUACAUUAAAACAAAACUAUGUCUACCUAUAGAAAAAAAAAGAAUGAUUCUCCUACUAAACUUAAACUAGACAGACAAACAUUAUCGCAUGCAGCAAAGAAAGUAUAUAAGAAUUCAAAGUACAAACUAAUGAAAGAGAAGAAAAUAAUAAAUGUUAUAACAAUAGUCAAACAAAACAAAUACAAAAAAAAGAAAUCCGAACGUUACUCCGAAAGUUGCAGAAAAUUAAACAAAUAACAACAAAACAAACUUACCAAAGCGAUGUUCAAAUGAUUACUACAACAAAAACAAAAAAGUAAAACGUAUGAAUUUUCAGCGAUACAACAUAGUAUAGAAAGCUAUCACAUAUUUCUUAUAACCGAGAAGAAUUGAUAUUAGCAGCCGAGCAGGGAACUAGACGAGCAACAAAAAAAAUGCUAUUCGAUUAUUUUCAAGCUAAUGCAAAAAAAGCUACACUAGAACCGAAAUAGUUGGCAAUAUUUAAUCCGGUAUACGUUACCGAGAAAAAGGAACUCAAACAAUAAUAAGAAUUGAUAUCUUUUAGAGACGUCUUCUGAGACGGUUUAAUAGAUGAAAACAAAAACACUAUCACUUGUGGGAUUAGUCGUGCCAGCGAUAUCGAAAAUCAUGCGUCAUGGAAGCAACUGUAAUGAAUGAGUUUCAUCUUCAUAUCGUUUUAGUUUUGAUAGGUUUUUAGUUCAACUGAAUUUUGAAUCAUAUUUUGUUUUUUUUUUCAACCAACGUCGAAAGUCUAUGUCUAUGAAGAAGAGAGCACGGAUUGAUUGUCAAUGUUUUGGCAAACCAAUGAAAUCACAUACUGUUAGGAAGAUGUGGAAGAUGAUUUGUCGGUUGUGUUUUGUGAUGUUCAGUUUCGAAAGUUACACCGAGAAUUAGGUACAUAAGCAAUCUUCAGUUACAUUAUUUUUUAAUCUUUGGGCUCCUCCCGAAAUGAAAACCUGGGUACGGGCCUGGCUCACAUGAUUGUUGGCGGUCACCAGUGCUUUCCAGUAGGGGAUGGUGGGGCAAGUGUUUCAUACUAAGGGCAUAUUCAGCAGUGUUCUAGUUCUAGAUGCAUAAUUUAUGUCAGUUACAAAAAUUAAAUCUGAAUUUUAUAACAAGAAAAACUGGCAGCUCCAGCAGUGUUUUACUCGUGUUUCAAAUAUACAAAAAAAUAGAACGGCAUCGUAGACCAGCUUUAAAUUUGACAGAAGAACUGGUCGAAUAAAUAAAACUAAAACGGAUUGCUGGGGAUACGUUUGUUUCAGUUUCAUUUACAUUAUAGACCACCCAUAUGAAUCUUGCAGCUGCUGAAUUUGCUCUAAGAUUCACGUUUAUAUUUGACAUUAGACAUUUGUUUGCCUUUUUUCUUCUCUUUUUAAUUCGGGCAUAUAUUCAAAUCAUUUCCUGUGGUUUGUUUAGUUUUAUUUGAAGCUUGAAGACUUAUACACAAGAACAUUUCAAUGUUGUGCAAUUCAGUACAUUUGAAACAUUUGCUCCAUCCUUUCCCACCUUCGGACAAACCGAAUGUUGCACCAUAACAGCCAUUCCAACAGGUUUGUAAAUAUACUGUUCUUGAGAAACUAAAUGAAUCUUAAUGUAAUUUUACAUCAAUCAUGGUAUUAAAUCAAAUUUUCUUUUCAACUGAUGUCUAUUUCAUAGUACUAUCGGUUUACAUGUGUAAGUUUAAUCUUUUCUUUCUGUGUAGUUGGUAAAAAAUCGUUUCGAAUCGGUUUCCCCAUUGGAGAUUCCGGAUGGUUGACAUACUUUUUCUAGAUUUUCCGCAUACUGGAUUGCAGCAAGGUAUAGCUUGUGUUUGACCACUUCUUAUGCAAAGAAACCAAACUGAUUUUAGUUGUUUGUUUACGUAGAAUGUUUCGACCCUAAUCGACUUUGAGGUUAGGUUUGUUCAUCAUAAUACACCUGCCCCAUAGCAAUAUGGCGAACUUGUCCCGUCAUGAACCGAUUGACAAAUGAUAGUACUAUGUUGCUAAUAAAUCAACUUUCGAUAUCCGAUUUCCAACAAAUGUUGAACCAAAACGUAUAUCAAUGAUCUGACGUUAAGAUGAAAGCCAAACAAAUUGAGAAUAAUUGAAAAAACUCUUAUUUGGUGCGAUCUGGUUUGUUUAGAUUUCACGACUAAAUGAAUAAAAAAUAGAUGCAAUAUGAAAUUAUAUCGUGGAGAGUUAAUGAGCAAACCCAAAUAUUUAUAUAGGUAAUAAAUGUUCAUUCUAUAUGAAAAUGAUGCGGAUGGCAAAUUUACCCUUUUGGCAGACUUGCCCCGCCUUAUCCUACGUUCUAAUAAUGAAAGCCUUAAACUAAACUACCGGCAAAGUCAGUCCCGUUAACGGUAACGACAGUUGGCUGAUUGCAGACUCUGUUAGCUUGGAAUAAAAUUCCAUCUUCAGUUCAGCAACGCCAUCGCACGGCAUCACAUUCAACAUGCCAUGUCAAUUGUAUGGGUGCGCAGUGCUGCUAUUUUGGCGCGCACGAAUUUUACAUGUCUCUCCCCUACUUCUAUGUACGAGAUUUGAUGCGGACACGCUUGAGGGCGCCAUGCUUACAGAAAAGGUUGUUGCCAAAGAUUUGUUCGGGAAAUGUGAGAGCUGGAUAUCUUGUUAAAAUGAUGUCUUUGCUGAAUGUCUAAAAAACUGUUUGAGAUUAGGGUAUUUUGUGAUGAAAACAAACUAAUUUUAUUUGUGAUUAUAAAUGAGCUGUCAAAAAGGUUCAUUUAGAGCCUUGUAGGUAUUGAGCACUCGAUAAACUAUUGUUUUCGGCAUCUUCAGUACUUAAGCAGGCUUAAAAUCGAACCAUUUCGAAUUUUCCAGGUGUUUGUGCAUAAUAUUUCUUCUUUUCUUUCGAGUUUCAUUUCUUCUUCUUCUUCCUUUCUGGUUGGCGUCACCUCACUUGAGAUGACGCCGAAUUGAUGGCACAGCAACUAAGGCUAUAUUGCCAGUUAAUUUUCGUUUAUAGUCCAGUGGACUUUCUUUUCACUUGACUACAAGCGAAAAUCUCGCUGUGUGGCUGCGUCGAAUCGUCAAAGUACGGCUGAAAAUCCUUUCUUUCUUGCGAAAUACUCGAAUUUUCCCCGGACUAACACGAUGCAACGUGCUCACCCGUUGAGAGUUUCACCGGAAGUGGACUACUUUGAUCAAUCUUGCCCCAGUAAUUCUUUGUAGAAGUGAAAACAAACCAUUGUCAAAGAUUUUCGAUAACAACCAGAGAUGCCAAAUAUUUUCAUAGGAAAUCUGUAUUACUCUCUAUAAAAAUCUGUAUUUAUCUAUAUUCACUAACAAACUUAAAUUUCAACAAUAAAAUGAUGUUAAAAGAUGUUAUUCCAACACAUUAUUGUUGUAGAAUGGUAGAUUCAAUGAGACCAAGACUUUGCUUCUCGUCACUGCAAUCAAAUACUAACAGAUUACUCAUACGAAAAUUUUUUUUUAAAUUCAAGAAAUCUGUAUCAAAUCUGUAUUCUGUAUGCGUAUGUAAAAAUCUGUAUAAUACAGAUAAAUCUGUAUAAAUGGCAUCUCUGAUCUUAAUAUACCUGAUACGAGACGAGAAAUUACUGUCACUCUCAGCUUCGCUUGCAAACUAUGAGAACGAAAUCCAUGUCCAGUCAUUGUGUUUUUUCUUUCAUUUGCCCUUUCAGUUAUUUGCAGUUUUCAGUGCAAAUCCCAUAAUAUGCAGUGUCGAUAUUCAACCGAAGCUGUGAGAAUCGAAAAUGGCAGAAAAAGGUUUCACCGACGACGUUUCACAAUAUCUUUUACCUAUUGGUGCUCGAAUUUGUAGUAGUUUUGGUUUCCAAAAAGGUUCUGGGAUGUAAUUAUUUCGAUUUGCCAUAUUUUAGUCACUAUUUAUAGCCAAGCGUCACAGAUACAUCGAUGAAAGAAUAAGAAUUGAAAUUCUGCUGAUGCUUCCUGAUGACGUUAGUUUGGUUUCGUCGUGUCAUAGAGGAAAGAGUGAUGUUGGCAAUUAUUCUCUCUCAUAUUUUCAACGAAAAACGAAAAUGCUUCGUCUCUCUUUGUUUGUUCUGGUGUCGGUCAUUUGCGAAUGAGACAGUAAAAUAUUGAAAAUGAGAUUGUUGGAAUGAAUUCCCCUGAUCUGCCCCCCUGUGACUUUUUCCUAUUUUCAAAACUAAAAUAUCCACUCCGAGGACAUAAAAAGUAAUUCACCGAGGCCUAUGGCAAGUGUAUGGAAAAUUGAAUUGACCACUGAAAUGUCUGGUUCAAAGGGAGCCUAUUUUGAAGGUAAAGAAAAGUAUUCAAAUCUAAAAGUUUUUUAAAUUUAGUCCUCUCAAUUUUGAUCAGAUGGUAUAAUGCUUGAAAUCUUUAUAUUGUAUCCUUAUUCGGUGGACGCUUUAAAUUGCUUUUUGGUUUGGAGUCCAUACUAUUAAAAUGGGAUUGACAGAAUUGAGGGUGUGCAACGCCCCACAUAACUGAUACCUGCAACAGAUAUGUUGGAGUAGUAUAAUGUGGAUAGAAAGAGAAAGACACGACUUAUAUGAUUGACUAAAAAAGUCGAUUUUAUUUCCAUUUUAUGUGGUGUACAGUGAUUAGUAUGAUUGUGUGUGUAAGAGACUACGGGGCAACUGUGAAAUACACUGAUAGGCAACGAUUCCGUCUUUGUUGUACAAGAUAAACGACGAAAGUCGAACAAGAUAUUCUACGAUAUGGCUAUCGCACUCUCACUCCGCCGCACCCUCUCAUUUUACUACUACCGGCACAAGAAAGGGACUUAUGAGUGGCGACUCAACGUGUGAGUGUAGGAUUUGAUUAAAACUAUAAAAAUUGAGAAUAUUGAUAAAAUAUUUAUUUGAAUCGAUAGAACGAUCAAUAUAACAAUUUUUUUUGACAAUUUUUCCAAUCUUUCUCAAACUGUGAUAUGGUUUUGGCUGUCAGGACUUGGUUACUAAAAUAUGUCUUCAUCAAUGCCCAAAACUCAUUAAUUGAUCGCAUUUGCGAGUAAUUUGACCCUUUGGCACGAAAGUAAUAUUUUUACCAUUCUACCGAUGAUAUCACAAAAUGUUAAGACCAGAAGACAAUAUAAUCCCUGUAGCUUCGAAUCAUGUGUCGUUUUUGUAAACGUUCCUUGGUGUAUAUUUUACUGUUCAUCGAAGCAGUUGCGAUGAAGGGUUGCAAAAUCUUACCGCAGCAACACAUAGCUUGCCAGAUUAUAGCAUUUUUAACAAAUUUUUCGACAUGAAUCGAUGUUCGGACUGGUUCAGUUCCUGCCCUUCUCACACCGUAAAAUAUUACGGUAUCAACAAGGAUUCCGGUGGUUCUGGAAUCGAGUUUCACACAGGUUUCGUCGUCCAUGAUUAAACAGUUUAAAUUUUCAGCAAGCAUCGCAUCGAACAAAUCUGAUCGAUGCUGCGAGUUUCGAGCUGCGUUUUGACAGCUUUUACUUCUUCUUAUAGGUUCAAAAAUACAAAUUAACUUUGAAACCUCCUUCGGCUAUACUUUCAGUAUACAUUUAUCAACACCAUUUGCUCUCGUAUACUGUUUGUAGAAACAAAUAAACUAUCUGAAGAAGGGAUGAACGGUUCAGGAGAACUAGUUCUUUCGGUAGAACUAUCAAAGUCUUAACGGUUCUUUGAAACGAACAGUUUUGCCCAUCUCUACUUUCAACGUUGUUCUACUGAGAGUUCCCGGGGCUUUCGCAUUUUGAAGCAUGGAAACAAAUAAACGACUACAUAGGUGGUGAGAAAAAAAAUUGUAUAAGAAUACGCAGCUAUGUUCAACCCCUAUAUCGGCCAAAAUGAAUAUGAGCAGUAUUUCUCUCAAAUUUUCAUGUUAAAAAGAUACAUGACAGCUCGAAUUGAAGUAAAUGGGUUAUAUAAUUUUAAUCGUGCAAUGCAAAAUGCAAUUAUUUUAAUGAGUUUCUGAACAGUUUAUAUGACUAUUUUGGAACAAUGAAAUAAAAAAAUAAAACACUGAGAACGCAGCAGCGACUUGAUCCGAGAAUCAUUGGGUCUCAAACUACGUCCGUUAAUUGACUGAGCCACAGAAGCACACAUCGACUUGACUGGUAAAUGUUAGCCGAAUGCAAAUUCUAGUCGGCACCAGCAAAAUUCAUUCCAAUCCAACAUUAUUAAGUCAUUACAAAUGGAAUUUCCUUCAUGUUUGACACGAGAGAUUAGGUUACCUGUAAAAUUCAUUUUGUGUGUGUAGCUGAAUCGAUGAAAAACAUUUUUAUUUUCCGAUUUGCUGUUUUGAUUUUGAGUUGGUUCAACCAAUAACUUUUUAGUUGAAAUGAUUGAAGAUGGUUUCAUGCAAAUGUUGGCCGCGUCUUUAGAUGGCCCAUGUUCAAGGUACAAUUUUGGCAUCCCCUCUCCAACAUAUCGGCCGGUAGUUCAUGAAUCACUGGUCCAUAAUUCAAACCAAACAGUGACUUCUUUCGGAAGCAUUGGUAGCUCUUGCAAUUCUUCUGGCAAGUCUUCACUACAGAUGAGGCAUUGUUGCUUGUUGACGUAUUUAUUCAACCGGAAAUGAGCAGCUGAACACAAUUUUACGAAAAAAGAGUGGAUCUUCCCUGAACUUUACCAGCGCCCAUUAAUGAUUAAAUUAUACACCAAACUGAACAAGUUCGACAAUGACACAAGACAUGAUUCACGCGUGAUCUGUCAAAAACAGUGUUGCCAAAAAGAUACCAGCAAAAAAAUCACGCUUCACUAUUCUUUCUUUUUCGAUAUUGUGUCAUUUUUGCGGGGGUCUAUUUGCGUUUCGUUCGUUUUUCUGUGUACGAUUAUAGUUUACAAAUAUUCUCUAUGAUAGCACGUAGAAAGCAUUUUAGUAUUUUUAGAUAAGUUUUUUUUUGGUGUUCAGCCACAAGUGGUGACUUUUCAGCCCUAUUAUAUAUGUGUUAGAUAAGUUAUUUUUUUUCUGACAUGCCCAUGAAAAACGAUAUCGCCUCGGUACAAAUCCCAUCUGCCCAUCAUUUUUGGAACAACCAACCAUGUACCGAUUAUUUUGCGUUCGAGAGUUUUCGUUUCCAAUGCUUGACUUAUUCUUUAGCAAAUGAAUUGAUUGUUUGGGAAAGGUGCAAAUAGUAUGAUGACCUGAGCAGCAGAAGAUACGAAGAUAGAUACGAUAGUAAGACAAAACGAAACGAAGCAACUCACUGAGUGUGAAAGGAAGCUAAAUGCAAAGAAGUACUACUUCGAAAAAAGGGGGUUACACGUACAAUACAGCAUAUAUUUUUAUAAUGUAGUAUCUACUUUAUCUCGUAUAUUUUGUAAGUAUAUUGUAGCAUUACGAGGCAAAAGCAAUGGCAUGCGAAAGUAUCGCGCAGAAGGACACAGAAUGGAUGUUGCAUCGGAGAACGGACGAGUGAUAAUUUGUUUGAGCUAAGCAACGUAUCGUAUAAGUUAUUCUAAUUUAGCUUUCGUGUAACUUUUUUCCAAAUAUACAAAUGUGUGAAAACAAAGAAAUAUCAACUCUAAUGGGUUAUAAAAUUUUUUAAUAGGCGAAACGGACGAGAACGACGCCAAUCGCAAAUGAUCAUAUACGCAACAACAACAAGAACAACAACAACAACAAAAAAAACUGCAUUCUGUGUUACUAUAAAGAAGAGUUAGGGUUUAAGUUGCUAAUCAUUUAGCAUCAGUAAUAAGAAGAAAAAUAAAUUAAACACGCGCAAAUGACGUUGAAAUUAAAAUCUUCGAAAUGGAGAGUGGUAAAACGAGGGGCAGUCAAGGAAUCGCGAAACGCGAUGAGAAACCCAAAUUCGAAAAACAGUAUUUUUAGGGUUUUACUAAUUUAUUGAACAACUGUAACCUGUAAGGUAAAAAAAAAACAAAUAAUAUAUAUACGAUAAAUUUGUGCUUUUUCCUAAAAAAA